AUGAUAUUAUCCGGGUUAUACAAUCGAGAAAAUGUUAUUUCUUCCUUCCUCGUCCAGGGCUACCGGAUGGGAAAUAUGGCCGGGGGGCUUUUCUUCAUCGGUUGCACCGGGGCAUUUGCUUAUUUGCAGUGGAGCAAUCUGGAGUGGAAUGGAAUUACGGUCAAGCAAAUUCGAGUAAAAAGGUAUACCCCAAUAUCUAUCGCCAAUCGCUUAAAUGACACUGAAAAGGAAAAGAAUAUCCGACGCGUCCGGCUGGCCGCCAUGGAUUUGCUGAUGGAGGAGAUGGAUGGGGAUUGCGCACAUAAAAAACCAACGACAAACGGCUCCUCCGACCAGUUCCCGCCCGACCUCUUCACCCUUGAUCAGCGCCGUCAUGGCGCUAUUGUUUUGCAUUUUGGAGGCCUGGUGUACAUGUUCGUGGCGCUGGCGGUGGUGUGCGACGAGUUCUUCGUCCCCAGCCUCUCCGUCCUCACCGAAGUGUUCGCGAUCAGCGAUGACGUGGCCGGGGCAACAUUUAUGGCAGCCGGCGGCUCGGCCCCCGAGUUCUUCACCUCAGUUUUCGGCGUGUUCGUCGCGCACAAUAAUGUCGGCAUUGGGACGAUUGUUGGCAGCGCCACGUUCAACAUCCUGUGCGUGCUGGCGUUUUGCACGCUCUUCUCGCGCGACGUUUUACAUCUCACCUGGUGGCCGCUGUUUCGCGACAUGACGUUUUACAUCCUGGCCCUGUUCUUCCUGGUGCUCUUUUUUGCCGACGAGAAUAUCGAGUGGCUAGAGGCGUUGGCCCUGUUCGCCAUCUACAUUUUAUACGCGCUUUUCAUGAAGCACAACGUGCAGCUGGAGCGCUUCGUAAAGGGACACAUCCUCGGCGGGCCCAACGACAAAGUACACUCUAUCGACACAGCUGGCAGUAAUAACCUCAACCCGAACCAGCUCAGCCGCCAGGAGCACCGUGUCUCGAUGCCGAUCAUCCACGGCGGACAGCACAUACGCAGUGGCAUUGCGCAUAUGGCGUUGGGAGAGGAUGGGGAUGGCCAUCAUACGGAGCCGCCGUCUCCGACUGGCGGCCCAAACGUCAUCACCGUACAGCCGUAUGAAAAUGGCAGAAGGAGAGAAAAUGGGCUGAAAACUGUCAGCGGGUUGGUGGACAAGUCGGAGGUGAGCGGGAAGCAGAAUGGCAAUGCCCACCCAUCCAUCGAGACGCUCCAAAACGGGCACUCUAACGGCCAGAAUGGUGGCGGCCAUGCGCUAAUGAAUGGGGUCACGUUUGAAAAGGUGACACUGGCGGAUGAAGUGGACGAGCCUCUCGAUCUCUCGUGGCCAGAGGGCCGGAUGAAACAACUCGUCUACGUUCUCCUAGCACCUAUUAUAUUCCCACUCAGCCUCACCCUGCCGGAUGUCAGGAAACCGGAGAGCCGCCGCUGGUUCGUGGUGACAUUCGGCGGGUCGGUGCUGUGGAUCGCCUUCUUUUCGUAUUUAAUGGUCUGGUGGGCGAAUACGAUCGGCGAGACGUUGGCCAUCCCAACCGAGAUAAUGGGCCUAACGAUCCUCGCUGCCGGGACAUCAAUUCCGGACCUGAUAACAUCAGUGAUUGUCGCGAGGAAGGGCCUCGGCGAUAUGGCCGUCUCCUCGUCCAUCGGCAGCAAUCUUUUCGAUAUUUGUGUUGGGCUUCCCGUGCCGUGGUUGGCCUAUUUCUUGGCCACCUUCUUCCGCACCCACUUUCAGCCGGUGCCCCCAAUUUCUGUGAUAUCCAAUGGUCUCAUUUGCUCGGUGGGACUGCUUUUUGCGAUGUUAAUUGUGCUUGUAAUUUGUGUGGCAGCUUCAAAAUGGCGGAUGGACAAAUUCUUCCGGGCUGAGGCGGCCGGGUUGCUGGCUACCGUCUCC